AUGGGUGUAGGUGAUGAAAGAGGGCAACCGGAAGAAAAUAGUAAUGUUGAUCCAAGACAAAAAGCUAUUGAUGAUUGGCUUCCUGUAACUGCUUCAAGAGAGGCAAAAUGGUGGUAUUCUGCUUUUCACAAUCUAACAGCUAUGGUUGGUGCUGGUGUUCUCACCCUUCCAUAUGCUCUAUCCAAUAUGGGCUGGGGAGCUGGAGUUACCGUUCUUACUCUAUCAUGGGUGAUUACAUUGUACACUCUAUGGCAAAUGGUUGAGAUGCAUGAAAUGAUUCCUGGAAAGAGAUUUGAUAGGUAUCAUGAACUGGGACAAGAAGCCUUUGGAGAGAAAUUGGGCCUUUGGAUUGUGGUUCCACAACAAAUUCUUGUUGAAGCUGGCACAUGUAUUGUGUACAUGGUCACUGGUGUCAACUUUGUUCUUUCUCAAUGCCCCAACUUUAACUCCCUUUCUAUUAUAUCUCUCAGCGCAGCAGCUAUGUCUUUGACAUACUCAACCAUAGCAUGGGCUGCUUCACUUAAAAAAGGGAUUGUCCCAAAUGUUGAUUAUGGACCAAGAUCAACUUCAACUGCUGAUUCUGUAUUCCACUUCUUUUCUGCAUUGGGAGAUGUAGCAUUUGCUUAUGCAGAAAAACCUGCUUGGCUCAUUGCCGCGGCUAACUUUUUUGUCGUUAUCCAUGUUAUUGGAGGCUAUCAGGUAUUUGCAAUGCCGGUGUUUGACAUGAUUGAGACUGUCAUGGUUAAGAAAUUACAUUUCCCACCUACUUUUGCACUCCGAUUUUCAGUUCGCAGUAUAUAUGUUGCAUUGACUAUGUUCAUUGGCAUAUGCAUCCCAUUCUUUGGUUCACUUCUUGGAUUUCUCGGAGGAUUUGCAUUUGCCCCGACAACUUACUUUCUGCCUUGUAUCAUCUGGCUUAAACUCAAGAAACCAAGAAAUUUGGCUUGUCUUGGACAAUUAAUGUGGAAUAUUAUUGUACAAGCCAAGGACUACGAGUUUUUCUCAUAA